AUGAAUACCAAGCUACAACAGCCAAUCAAAAAGAAAACUGGUCAGGUAGUACCAUUAUUAAAUUCAUUGACAGGAAAACUUAAUGUUCCACAUCGAUUUUUAUCAUCUGUACCACGCGUUAAGGUGGUGUCACGACGAAAACUUCCUAAAACAUUAGAAAUUCCAAUAUCAAAUAUUCCAACUAUUCGUCAAUAUUCAAAUAAAUUAAGAGAAACGCGUUAUGACAACUCAUUUGAAUCAUCAAAAACUAAAACGAGUCGUGACAGUUCACUCAAAUCGUCAAGAAUUAAAACGAAUCAUGACAGCUCAUUCGAACCGUCAAAAAUUGGAACGAGUCAUGUUAUUACGACAAAAAAUAAUGAGCGAUAUCAAACAUCAUUCAAGGUUUUGUGUUUUGGAACUUGUGACGACGCUUUUAGAGAAAGUUCUUUACCCACUAACGAUUUUUCCGGUGUAACAGUUUUCCCAUUCUGGGAUGAUCUUUAUAUUUAUUCGAGCACAUCACAAGGAAUCUAUUAUGGAACUGAAGGCAAUGCUCCGAAUCGUACAUUGAUAUUUGAAUAUUAUAUGAGUCAUUACCAACAGCCUUCUCAAUAUUAUCAGUUUCAACUCAAGUUCUUUGAGGCUACAUCUGGCAUUGUUCAAUUCAAAUAUUUCUAUGCAAGUGAUGGAGGCGUUACUGCUACUGUUGGUGUACAAAAAUCCAGUAGUGGUCCAUAUAUUCAACAUUCCUAUCAUGAAACUAAUGCCGUACAAUCGAAUAUGAUUCUGACAUUUAAUACAAAUCUUGGAACAUAUACUAAUUCAGCUAUUGGCUAG